AUGUCUCCAAACCCUAGUUCUUCCAAACAGAAAUCUUCAUCGUCAAACCGAAAGCCGAAAGGGUCCAAAGAGAAUGCUCCACCAUCGGAUCCGAACACAAUGCCGCCGGAUUAUUCAGCAUCUCCGUCACCGUCCACUGCCGGAAAACAGUCGCUGGCCUCCAAGAUCAAGAGCCCGCUUCCGCCAAGGCCGCUACCUUUGAACCCUCUCAAAAGGAAGCUCAACAUAAGAGAAGAUGUGAAAACUGGUGUCUAUGUUGAUAAUUUGACAGAAGAGAGUGUGUGCACAAUGAAAGAUGUGACACAACUUUUGAUAAAGGUGUGCAUUGCUUUUAGACNUGAAAAUGGGUUCUCCGGACCUUCAGAUUCUGGAGUCAAGGUAAUAGUGCGAAUGAGGCCACCAAAUAAGAAUGAGGAAGAAGGAGAAAUGAUAGUUCAGAAAAUCUCUAGUGAUUCUUUAUUGAUCCUUGGACAGACAUUUACUUUUGACUCUGUGGCUGAAACUGAGGCAACACAGCUAGAUAUAUUCCAGCUUGUGGGAGCUCCUCUUGUCGAGAAUUGUCUUGCUGGGUUCAACAGUUCUGUAUUUGCAUAUGGGCAGACCGGGAGUGGAAAGACAUAUACAAUAUGGGGACCAGCCAGUGCCUUGUUGGAUGAAAACAUAUUGAGUGAUCAACAGGGAUUAACACCCCGUGUUUUUGAGCUACUUUUUGCCCGUAUAAAUGAGGAGCAAAUUAAGCAUGCUGACAAACAACUCACGUAUCAGUGUCGCUGUUCGUUUCUUGAGAUUUACAAUGAACAGAUCACUGACUUGUUGGACCCAAGUCAAAGAAACCUCCAGAUAAGAGAAGAUGUGAAAACUGGUGUCUAUGUUGAUAAUUUGACAGAACAGAGUGUGUGCACAAUGAAAGAUGUGACACAACUUUUGAUAAAGAUUUACAAUGAACAGAUCACUGACUUGUUGGACCCAAGUCAAAGAAACCUCCAGAUAAGAGAAGAUGUGAAAACUGGUGUCUAUGUUGAUAAUUUGACAGAACAGAGUGUGUGCACAAUGAAAGAUGUGACACAACUUUUGAUAAAGGGAUUGUCAAAUAGGAGGACUGGGGCAACAAGUAUAAAUGCUGAGAGUUCCAGAUCCCAUAGUGUAUUCACUUGUGUUGUGGAAUCACGAGGCAAGGACAGGGAUGAUUUUUGCUAUACGGUUCCUGGAGAUUUUAAAUGCACGCUAGCUGAUCUUUCCUUCUUGCUGUCUAUCUUUUGUCUCUAUCGCUCUCCAAGCAUGGCAGAUGGAUUAAGCUGCUUUAAAUCAAGUAGAAUAAAUCUUGUUGAUCUUGCUGGUUCAGAAAGACAGAAGCUGACAGGUGCAGCGGGAGAACGCUUGAAGGAAGCAGGGAAUAUUAAUCGGUCACUUUCACAGCUCGGGUAUGGUUAUGCUUUAUAUUGUUAUAGUGGCCAUUAA